AUGGCUUAUUCAAGAAUGAUUGCUGAAGACGACAAAUUUAGUCAUGAUAAGGUUGAAUUGUUGACUGCGGAUAGCGUAAGAAACCCACAAAGUCUAAUUUUGGUAAUGGUAACAGAAAUUUUCAAUAAAAUGAUUUUGGAAUUUAAUCACACAAUCGAAAAUGUUUCUUAUAUUAUUUAUGACGAAGCACAUUUCAUGGGUGAUUUGAAAAGAGGAAAUAUUUGGGAGAAAAGUAUAAUAUGCUGUCCAAAAAAUAUAAAUAUUUUGCUUUUAAGUGCUACAAUUGAAAAUUCAAAAGAAGUUGCUACGUGGAUUACAACAAUUAAGGGCAAACCUUGUCAUCUUAUAAAAACAAAAAAAAGAUUUGUUUCUUUAGAAUUUUAUGUUUCUUCGUGUGAUGAAUCACUUUUGUAUACUGUUAAAGAUGUCAAUGAAAAAAUUUAUAAUGCUGCAUUUGACAAGAUUCAAAAAGAAAAAUCUUAUGCUACUUCUAUUAAAAAAAAAUAUUUCUAA